CCCUGAGCUCAGACUCUCUGACAUCUCUGAACUGAUCACAGUCUGGCAGAGAACAAUGAACUUUACAAAAUGGAAGAGGCCAUAAAACAGGGAGUCCUUCACGUGCAACUGCAGCAGAAAUUUGGCAAGAAAUGGAGAAAGGUUUGGGUUUUGCUGUUUGGCGAGAGUACAUGUUCUGUGGCCCGUCUGGAAUAUUACGAGUUCAAGGAGGCCAUGAGCAUGACAGAACGGCAAGGAGCCAGGAAAACGGAGAACAAGAAGGUCAUCAAACUCAGCGACUGCAUUCGCAUUGUUGAGGCCCUGACCGAGAGCUGCCCCAGUGAAUGCCGCUCAUUUUGUUUGGAAACUAUUGACAAACAGUUUUUCUUCGCCGUUGAGUCGUCAGAUUAUGAGGACUGGAACCAGAGUCUGUGUGAACUCGCCUUUCCGAUGAAUUGGAGUGACUGGCCUACAAUGAACAAAAACAAUGGGAAGCAGGCCUCAAAGAAGGGGAAAAGCAAUCUGAUGACAAUGGAGGAGAAUACACUGUACGGCACCCGAGCAGCAGUGAAAGACUUCAGGGUCACAGUGAGGAAAACAGAAGCUGCAGACAGAUGUAACCUUCAAGGAACAUUCCUUCUCACAAUGGAGAAAGAUGGAUUAGAGCUCAAGGAUCUUAAAAGUGGAGAUGUUCAGUACACCUGGCCAUACAAAUUUUUGAGGCGCUUUGGACGAGAUAAGGUCACAUUCUCCUUUGAAGCUGGAAGGCGAUGCAUGUCUGGAGAAGGCAAUUUUGAGUUUGAUACCAGACAGGGGAAUGACAUUUUCCACAUCAUUACAUCUGCCAUCCAAGAACAGAAACAAAGGAAUGAGUCGGAUCAUCAGCUGUCUCGCAGUUUGGAGAAUGAAACUGCUCUAAGUGCCAGGCCCCUCCCAGUCCCUGAUCAUGGGCUGGAAGAGGAGGCACAGCAACGAGACUGUGGGGAAGAACAAGGCCAGAGUUCAAUCAAUGUCAAAGCUGAGUUUCCAAAUGCUACUCUUCCAUCUCUGAGAUCUCUGUCUCUGGAGUCAGUCUGUGACACCAAGUCUUCCUCCACAAUGCCAUUCAGACAGGCAGUAAAGGGUCACCACAGUUAUCCAGCAGCUGGAGCCACAGGGAGUAUGGCUCAACUCCCAGAUGUCCAGUCAACUUAUUCAGAGGUCAGGGACGUAGUUGCAAAGUCCAGUUCACGAGGAAAUGCAAAAGCAACCAAAACUCACACUGGGAAGAAAUCAGAGAAUCAGUCUGCACCAGAGUCUGAUUAUGCUAUACCCUUUGACGCUAUAGCAAAGACAUUGCGCUUCCCACCUUUGAGUGGACUGCCUACCAUCCAACAGGACAACAAUGCUCCUGAGAAGACAUUCUCAACAUUUUUCCCUCAAAGUCUGGAAGAAUGUGCAGACCCUCUUUAUGAUACCAUAGACGAGUCCAACAUCCGAGGAAAAGCAAACUCAGCUUCAUCCAUGAACCUGCCCAAGGACCACAUCUAUGAUGAACCUGAAGGGGUGGCCACUCCUUCCAUCUAUGAUAACCCAGAAGAGGUGAAAGGCCAUGCAUGGAAGCUGCAGGGCUUGGACUGUGACACACGGGGGCAUGAGUACCCAUACAACCCAAACAUGGAUGAUUAUGCAGUGCCAAAAACAGCAACACAAGCCUUCGCCAAAAAGAAAUCGAGAGAGAGGCUGUAUCAAAAGGACAACACUGGAGCGUUGGAAAGUGAAUAUGACAAUGUACUGGUAAAAAUCUCAGAGAAAAAGGGAACCAAGUAAGAAAGCAAAAUGCCAGGUGGGGCUCAGCCAUCUGGUUUGAAAGUGAGCUAGGAAGGCUAAUAGCUGGAGGAGACACUCAGAGAUGCUGCACGCUGCCUGGUGAUGUGAAUGAAAAUAGGAGACAAUUCUCAGAACACGAGCCUUUCCAGAAUCACAGUGUUUCAGAACAGAACAGAAAGUGGCCUUUCAGUUCACCGUGGCCAAACUGGCCUCUCCAAAUCAGCACCUCAACUUUGUGACUUUCACCAGACUUUUCCCCAGCACCUUGCACAUUGUUGCCACUGAAAUAAUCAGCUAACACCCUCUUGAAUGCCUCAGUUGAAACCUGCCUUCACCAAAUUUCCAGGCAGCAUAUUCCAGGCACAAACCUCUCAUCGUGUGCAUGUGUUUUUUUCUCUCAUCACAUUUGCCUCUUUUGCAAAUCACUGAAAAUCUGUGCCCUCUCAUUCUUGCUCUUUUUCUGACUGAGAACUGUUUCUCCUGAUCCAACUAUCCAGCCUGCUUCUGAUUUUGGGAAGUUACCAGAUCUCCCCUUGGGCCUCUUCUGCCCACAGAGAACAGUCCCAACGUCUCCAAUUUCACCUCAUAACUGAAUGGUCUCAACCUUGGAAUCAUUCCAGUCAAUCUCUUCUGCACCUUCUCCAGUACGUUCACAUCCUUCCUGUAAGGUGACACCCACAGGUGGACCCAGCUGAGGUCUAUCAUGGUCUUGUACAUGGUCAACAUUGUCUUGCUGUGGUCCUCCAUGCCCUGAUUAAUAAGGCCAAAAACUCUGUGCACUUUAUUAAUUGUUCUUUCCAUCUUCAAUGAUCUAUACACAUUUCCACUCAGGUCCCUCUGCUCAAUGCAGCCCUUUUAGAAUUGUAUCCCCUAUUUUCUUCACAAGCCUGUUGGUGUAGUACCGUAUCUGGAACAUUGUCUGAAAAUCUAUUUGCAGCACAUGACCAGUAUUCCCAUCAUUGACCCUUCACGUUAACCUCCUCAUAAAUCUGAAAACUUCAAUAAAGUUGGUUUGACAUGACCUCCCCUUUGGAAGGCUGGCUCUUCCAAACAACCGUCCUUUUUCAUUCUACACCAAUUCUUCUUUUGUGAGGUUUCCUCACCAUUGAAGUUAAACUGACUGGCCCUGUAACUGCUCAGCUUAUCCUUACAAACAAGACCAUGAUUCCAGUCCAGGAAAAACUGUGAGAUUGCAGCCAGUGGCCCGACAAUUUCCACCCUCAUUCCCUUCAAUAGCCUUGGAUUCAAUCACAGAGCCUUGUCACAUUAGGGACCAACAGGCUAUCCAGCCUCAUCAAUUUUGUACCAUUUCAAUAACGGAGUCUCCUCCUUUGUCACCAUGCCCUAGGUAACUUCGACAUCCUUGGUAAAUACGGAUGCUAAAUAUUCAUUUCCUAUCUCAGCUAUGCCCCGACCCCCAUUUGUCUGAAACAAGGACAGCCAAAUGGACCUCACAGAAUCUGAGUUCCCCGGGUGGGGCUGGUAAUCUGGUUCUGGAAACCAUGGCUGACAGAUAAAAAUGGGAGUGGCAGGGAUCCUGCUCACUCUGGGAGCUGGCUGUGAGGGAGCUGGAUCAGUGUCAAGGACUGCCCACAUGUAAGUGAAGGGGGACUUGGGGCAGAAUUACUUCAAACCCCUUUUUAGAGUCACAGAGAUGUACAGCACGGAAACAGACCCUUCGGUCCAACCCGUCCAUACCGAUCAGAUUUCCCGACCCAAUCUAGUCCCACCUGCCAGCACCCGGCCCAUAUCCCUCCAAACCCUUCCUAUUUGGUUCCUAAUGAGCCCUACUCCUUGUUCUAUCACACUUUCAUUAUUUAUUUACAUUGAGGGGUCCUCAAUAUACAUUGGGUUUACACCUAUUGAGGACUCUUUGCCCAAAAGAAUAAUAUAAAUACAGGGCAGUAGAGACUGUAAAAGUGUUAAAGUCACCUUCCCCCACACAAAGCAACAGAUUAAAGUAGGGAUAGAGACUUAAAGGGAUGUUGUGUUUCAUAUUGAGCAACCAAACUAUGGGCUCAACAUGUACUAUACAGUACAACACAAUGUUAACACUGAGAUGACAUAAUGUGAUUCGAAGCAUCAGACAGGAUUCUGGGAGUUGUGCUAAGAUGGAGGCACAGACAUGCGUUACAAGUUGUAUGUUUUCUAUCCUAAGCUAAAGUGAGUCAAAAACCAUGCAAUGACAUGGGAAAUGUUAAGAUUCAUUCCUCACAACCUCAGCAAUGUGAAUGUGAAGCAACACGUUUCACGGCAACAGAUAUUCCAGACCCCUGUUGAAGACUUUGGGAUUCCCCUUUCUGUUGGUUGUCAGAUGUUUCCCAUCAUUCCUCUUUGCUUCUUCAAUAUGCUGUCUCUUCUCUCACUGAAGCUUGUGCAUUCCUGUUGGCUCCUGCUUGUAUUUCCUACCAGUUGCCUUCUGCAAGCACUCUCUUUUUGUCUUUAUCUUAACUUGAAUCUCUUGUAUUGUCAGGGAGCUCUGGAUUUGUUUGUCCUGGCUUUCCCUUCCGAGGGAAUGUAACUUGACUAUACCAGCACCAUCUCCUCUUUGAAGGUAACCCAUUACUCAUUGACAGGUUUCUCCAAGAUUCCUUCAGUCCAGUCCAACCUGCCCAGUUCAGGUUUUUGCCAGUUCUGUGUGGACAGCUGUGAGCAGGCCAGUGUGAACGUGUUCAAGGAUGAGUACAGCAAGGGGAGGCUCAGGGGAAAGGGAACCAGCAGCUAAAGCCUCCUGUCUCAGAUUACUCAAAAGAAACUAUGCUUGCAGUAAUAACCUUCCUUGUGAACCAGCUCAGCUCAUUAA